AUGCUCCGUGAAGCUCGACCUUCCACCUCUCUCCAAGUUUUCCGCCUUCUGGUACCAGUUGAUCAUGUUUUCGAGAAUAUUUUUUUUCUCAGGCGACGAGUUUCCUCAUCUUUCAAGGAGUAUCGAGCUACGUCUAUUAUAGUGAGGUUGAGGCGCAAUGUUUCCUCAAUUUAGCGGCGGCAGCUUAUGCAGAUGCAGGUAGAUCCGGAAGAUAGAAAUGGAUUUUCCGGAAUAUUCUAGCGAAUUCAACGGCUCGUCAGUCUUGCAUUGAUCUCUCGUACCCCGAUAACCAAUUCCGGGUUCUGAUGGUCAUGUCUGCACCUUGCGAUAAGGUCGGUUGCUAUUCGUUUUGUGACUAAUUACGUAUACUGCUUGGUCAUUUUUUGAGAGAGCCAGCAGUUCUUUUACAGAGAUGAGGAUCAUUUUGUAAUCCGAACAGAGAAACAUUUUUUUUUUUGAUUCCUAGAGACGUAAAGAAAAAUCUCGUUUGAUGGCUAAUCAAAUUUUUACUCAUAAUAUAAACUGUAUUUUUUCUGAUCUGUAGCUGUGCCUAGAGUGUGGGAAACUUACAAAACUCGAAGUUACUUGAGCAAAUUUCCAGUAGAAGUGAGACAAAUUUCAAACUUCAAUGACGUUUUUUGCAGAAUGGAUUUUUUUUCCAUCAUUUGUGGCGUAUGAAACUGUAUAAUGAGAUUAAACAAGUAUAUUUUAAUGAUGUUAUAUCAUCAAGUCUAUCUUGAUAUGAAAGUUUAGUCUCCGAGCUUUUUGAAGUUUUAAAAAAAAAAGACAUUUUUUCAAUUUAUCUGAAAAAAAAUCACCUAGUCAUGAGUCACAAACAAAUCAAAAGUCAUAAGCCAGCGGUGAGAACAUUCGAAUUUUUGUAAAAUCUAGUAUUUCUCAAAAACCUCCGUUUUUUCAUGGAUUUGUCAUCAAAGAAAUCAGGACUGAUCAAAAUAACAGAUUUUUCCCGCAAGGAUUCCAACAUUUUUAAGAAAAUCCCCCUUUGAAGCAGUUUUUAUCAAAGCAAUUCCAGCAUCGAAACCAAUGUCAGGCAUUCGUCGCAAUCUCAGACACCACGAGAACUGUAAUCGUGUCGUUCCGGGGAACGAACACUGGGGGACAAUUGCUUACCGAGUUUUCGACUGGACUCGUAGAUUACAUGACUUACAUCGAAGAAGGUUUGUUCAGCAGAUUAAAAUCGUGAGACGAUAAGAUUUGAAGAAAAGAAUACUGUCUUUUUUUCAGAUGGGAAGGGGAAUAACGUGAGUAUCGGACAUGCCAACUUUUAUUUUCUACGAGCUAUGGAUAAAAUGUGGGAUGAAAUGGUCGAGCCAUGCAUCCAAGGGUAAAUCCUCACAAGAAAAGUCAUUUUACUUUGCGGUUGGGAUCUUUUUGAAAAUUGGCCAGAGCGCUCCUCUUUAUGCGCUAUUUUUCGAAAACUAGGGAAUUUUGCAGGUUGAGAAUUUUAGAAUCUUCAAAAAAAAAGUGUCCUGGCCAUUUUUCAGUAAAUUCCCAACUGCAGAGUAAAAUGACCUUCAGUGUCAGUCUUCUCAAAAACUUGAAGAUUUUGUUCUGAAUUUUGAAAAUUUGUUCUUAUUAGGCAGAACUAAAUAUAAAAAAAGCUUUCAUUAAUUACCAUUGAAACUUAUGAAUUUUUUUCAGCUCGAAAGAAAAAAAUUAUAAAAAAACACCCUUUACUGCAUCUUCAAGGAAUUUUAUUACUUGAAAACCCACAAAGUCAGGAAGUGAUGUAUUUUUUGUCACAACAGGUUAAUUAUAUGUAAUAGAUACUCACUGACCUAUUUACGCAUGUUUUGGGAACGAAUCAUCUCUGAUCUCUAACGUAAUCGAAUUAGACAGGAAUAGUCUUCAGAAAAGAAUAUUUUUGGAGUUCAAGAAAUUUGUUUCCUUCGUUGCAGCUGAGAGCGAAAUCAGAUUAACAUAAGCCAUAAAUUUUCACCUUUCAAUCUCCCACUAGACUGGGGCGAACUGUUCGUUCCAAAGUAUUUCUCUAAAGAACAGCAGCUUUAUCAUAAGAACUUGAUAACUUAAGACGUGCGAACUACACGUUUCUUGUGACUGGCCAUUCUUUGGGCGGCGCGUUGGCGUCGCUUACUGCUUUUCGGAUCGCCUUUCGAGGAAUUUCCACUGAAGUUUAAAUAAAUCUUCAGGAAAAAAAAUAAUACGAAGUUCCAGGUGAAAGUGCAUACGUUCGGAGAGCCGAGAGUUGGCGACCAUUCUUUCGCUUCUUACUUUUCGGUAAGCUCUAAAAAGUCUGAGUAUUAUUCACAUGAAAGCUCUGAACUUGAGAAGCUUUUGAAAUGAAGCGGACAGAUGUAUCAAUGGAUUUUUACUAUAACGACUGGAAGGAAAAGCUCAAACUUUCUUCAAAAAAAAAAAUGGACUUUCACUUUCGCAAUAGGCACCAGUGGCAAAGUAAAGCUUAACGACUGAAAAGAUCUAUGAAAGCGCAAGUCGUUUCAGGUCGGGCGCAGUAAAACUUAAAAGCCUACUGCUUGGCGUUGAAAUAAACAUAUUUCCUUAGUUUUCGACCCUCUUUUCAAAGCUGUAAUUAAACGGUAACUUAUGAAUGAAAAAUCGUUCGCAAAAAUACAAGUUUUCUGUCUCGAAGCAAAAAUUUCCUGAAUGAUUUCAGAUGUUUGUUCCUUAUGCAUUCCGAAUCAUCCAUUACACGGAUCCAGUACCUCACUUGCCUCCGCUAAACGUGGCCAACGCUGCCGGCGACGGCCUUCCAUAUCACCAUCCUCGAGAAGUUUGGUAUCGUACAGUCUCCCCUUGUUUUUUGGAAUAAAAAUACCUGUGCAGGUAUAAUGAUGUUUUCACGAGCUAUACGUUGUGUAGUCCGACUGAAGGCGAGGACUGGGGCUGCAGUGAUAAAGAACGGUUCUGGCAGUAUGGACACAAGGUUGUUAUUUUGAAAAUUUAAUUAUAAGCUUAUUGAAAAAAAUAAAACUUGACAUGAUUUUUAAAAAAAGUCUAAUUUUUCAAAACGAAAUUCUUUUUUUGCUUUGAAUUCAUUCUUACAGGGAACCUACCGUCAUACACACUACUUCAACCAUUUUCUUUCGGAAUACGGUGCGAUGGGCUGCAACUCAGGAGGAAGCCGGAACAUUCUCGUCAUUUUCCCCUGCCUACUAAUUGUUCUUUUAUUGCAUAAUAAACUGAAGCUUUAA